AUGGACAUCCGCCGCCGGCCACCUAAACCGUCUACUGCCACCACAACCGGCGGCGGGACCCUUCAUCACCACAACCCUCCAUCGCCAACCCCUAAGGCAUCUGACGCGCUACCCCUCCCCCUCUACCUCACCAACGCCAUUUUCUUCACUUUAUUUUUCUCCGUUGCCUACUACCUCCUGCACAGGUGGCGCGACAAGAUCCGGAACUCCACGCCCCUCCACGUCGUCACUCUCCCCGAAAUCGCUGCCAUUGUCUCCCUCAUCGCUUCCUUCAUCUACCUCCUCGGUUUCUUCGGCAUCGACUUCGUCCAGUCUUUCAUUACACGCGCCUCUCAUGAUGCUUGGGAUCUUGACGAAGACGAACCCAAACGGAGCUUUCUCAUCAAUGACGAUCAUCGCCUCGUAGCCUGCCCUCCGCCUCCGACGUAUUCCACCUCCGAACCCAUUAUCAACACAUUUUCCUCCGUCGAAGACGAGGAAAUCGUCAAAUCCGUCCUACAAGGUACGAUACCGUCUUACUCCCUUGAAUCCAAGCUCGGGGACUGCAAGAGAGCGGCGGCGAUCCGGCGGGAAGCCCUGCAGAGGAUGACCGGCAGGUCGCUCAAGGGCUUACCGUUUGAUGGUUUCGACUACGACUCUAUAUUGGGACAGUGCUGCGAAAUGCCUGUUGGGUACGUCCAGAUUCCUGUGGGGAUCGUCGGGCCGUUGCUGCUGGAUGGGUUCGAGUACACGGUUCCGAUGGCGACCACUGAGGGUUGCUUGGUGGCCAGCACAAACAGAGGUUGCAAAGCCAUCCAUACUUCCGGUGGCGCUACCAGUAUGGUGUUGAGAGACGGGAUGACCAGAGCGCCGGUCGUGAGGUUCUCGUCCGCCAAAAGGGCUUCUGAAUUGAAGUUCUUCUUAGAAAAUCCUGACAAUUUGGAUACGCUGUCUGUCGUUUUUAACAGGUCGAGCAGAUUUGCGAGGCUGCAAGGUAUUCAAUGCUCCAUUGCGGGGAAGAAUCUGUACAUUCGAUUCAGCUGUAGCACAGGUGACGCAAUGGGGAUGAACAUGGCGUCGAAAGGGGUUCAGAAUGUUCUCGAAUACCUUCAAACUGACUUCCCUGACAUGGAUGUUAUUGGCAUCUCUGGAAACUUUUGUUCGGACAAGAAACCUGCCGCUGUAAACUGGAUUGAGGGGCGUGGCAAAUCAGUUGUUUGCGAGGCAACAAUCAAGGAAGAAGUGGUAAAGAAGGUACUGAAAACAAAUGUAGCUGCACUUGUAGAGCUCAACAUGCUCAAGAACCUUGCUGGCUCUGCUGUUGCUGGUGCACUCGGUGGAUUCAAUGCUCAUGCUAGCAACAUUGUGUCUGCCAUCUUCAUAGCCACCGGCCAGGAUCCAGCCCAAAAUAUUGAGAGUUCUCACUGUAUUACAAUGAUGGAGGCUGUAAAUGAUGGCAAGGAUCUCCAUGUUUCUGUUACCAUGCCAUCCAUUGAGGUGGGUACGGUUGGAGGUGGAACUCAACUUGCAUCUCAGUCAGCUUGCCUGAAUUUGCUUGGAGUGAAAGGGGCAAGCAAAGAGUCACCAGGAUCGAACGCGAGGGUAUUGGCGAGUGUAGUGGCGGGUGCAGUUCUGGCAGGAGAGCUGUCUCUGAUGUCUGCAAUUGCAGCUGGUCAGCUAGUGAGGAGCCACAUGAAAUACAAUAGAUCCAGCAGAGAUGUGUCCAAGGCUGCAUCAUGAUGAGAUGGAAAAUGGUCCCUAGCAUGUGACAUUAAAAAAAGAAACUGGAAGAGAGAGGCCAAGAGAGAAAGACAGAGAGAAAGUUGGGAGAGUGGGUAUGUAGCUGUAUAAAGUUUGAUAUUGUUUGUAAAGUAAAGGGGUAGGGCUGGGUGUGGGUGUGUGUGUGUGUGUGUGUUGAGAGAUGAGAUGGAAGGAGCAGUGAGAAAGGCAGGUGUCCCAGCCGAGGCCAGCUCAGUAAUUUGCUAUCUGUCUUGGCUUGUUGGGUUAUUUUAGCUGGGGACCAAAGCGUCUCUCGUGGUCGGCCCUAAAGUAAAUUGUUCAUGACUUUUCCUCUUGGAUUCAUUUAAUAUGUUUCUUCUCAAUUAAUAACUUUGCUCCA